CCGGGUCCACCGCACAGACUCCUUACUACACGUGGGAUAUUACAGCCACCCGGUGUCCGCAGGCAUGGCCAUGAACCUUCUGGAAGACUGGUGCCGGGGGAUGGAGGUGGACGUCCACAGGUCCCUGUUGGUCACCGGCAUCCCGGAGGACUGCGGCCAGGCGGAGAUCGAGGAGACCUUGAAUCGGGUCCUCUCCCCGCUGGGCCCAUACCUCGUGCUCAACAAGAUCUUUUUGAGGGAGGAGAAUGCCAAAGCUGUGCUCAUUGAGGUCAGCGAGGGUGUGAAUCUGAGGGCCAUCCCCCGGGAAUUCCCAGGAAGGGGGGGCGUCUGGAGGGUGGUCUGCAGAGAUCCCACCCAGGAUGCUGAGUUUUUAAAAAAUCUGAAUGAAUUCCUGGAUGCCGAGGGGCGCACCUGGGAGGAUGUGGUGCGCCUGCUCCAACUCAGCCACCCCCCAGCGCCCCAGAACCGGAAUCAGCCCCCGGAGAGCUGGGCGCAAGCUUUGGGGGUGCUCCUGGGGGCCGUAGUGCAAGUCGUCUUCUACAUGGAUGCUGAGAUCCGCAGGCGGGAGGAAGCUAGGGCUCAGGAGGCCGCUGAGGCCAAGGUGGUAGCAGCCUUGGCUUCAGCAGCAAGGAGGAAAGUCAACAAGGAAGCAAGGCGGGCUGCUGAGGUGGGCUCUGCCUUGAAGAUGGAGAACGGGGACAGCUGGAAAGACGUGGAAGAUGAGGGUGACUCUCCCAAACCUUUGGUUUGCAAGGCUGGAGCUAAGACUCGCUCCAGGAGAAAGCAGCAAAAAAACUCCCCCAAGCAGGAACCAGGGCCCUGCAAGAAACCCAAAGGCAAUCGCUGCAACAGCUCGGCCUUCUCGGGGGAUCCUAAGGCUGUUGGUGCUGAAAAUAUGGAGAUCUCAGAAGAUAUCAGGAGCAGCAGAAAGCCCUGUGUGAAGCAGGAGGAGUCGGCUUUGAGGAAGCCAGUGGUGAAGUGUGCCUCGAAGGCUCCCAGCAACCCACCUCGGGAUGCCUGGUCAGAAGCUGCGAGCCCUGGAGUUGACUCUGAGUCAGAGCAACAUGGUGGUCCGGAGGGCCCACCAAAGAAGAAGGCGGUGGGCUGGGCCUCGGCGAAGAGCCCUGCCCCCGUGAAGAAGAAAAAGAAGGUGAGCUUGGGCCGUGCGUCUUAUGUCCUUGUCGAUUCAGAAGACACCGAGAAGAAGCCAGGGAUUACAAAGAAAGGGCCGGGCUUGAGAAGGGAUGCACCAGCUCAGAAGGCCCCGCGAGACCCACAGCCUGCCAGGUCGCCAGCCUCAACGUCACAGGGUCUGAAGGCCAAGCCAGAAGGCUUUCCUCAUGCCUCCAGUGGUGAGAAUGACAACAGAAGCCGUUUGGGUUGUGUCAACAGGUGCAUGAGGGGGAACGAGCAGAAGUGGCAGGUGGAGCCCAAGGAAGUGGAGGGUCAGGUGGUCAAUGAGGAAGACCCCAGUGCAGUGGAGGAAGCAGAUGGCACAUCAGUUGAGGUUGUAGAGAGCGAGAGCCCUGACCUCGCUCCUAGGAGCCCCUGAAGGCCGACAUUGGGGACACCUGUGGGGGCAAUUGGCAAAGCAAAUGCAC